UGUCUCUACUUCCAGAUCGAAGAUGGCGGUCUCGGUGUUCCCCGGCGUGCGGCUCCUCUCCAUCGGAGACGCGAACGGAGACAUACAGCGGCACUCGGAGCAGCAGCCCCUGCGGUUAGAAGUGAAAACCUCACAAGACGCUGCCCUCAUCAAUCUCUCCAAUGGAGAGGAGGCGAGUGUGUUCAAGUGUUCGGUUUCCAGGGAGACGGAGUGCAGCCGCGUGGGGAAGCAGUCAUUCAUCAUCACACUGGGCUGCAACAGCGUCCUGCUGCAGUUCUCCUCACCUGCAGACUUUCAGUCCUUUUAUAACCUCCUGAAGAAUUGUCGUGGACAUCUUAGUGAGCACUCAGUCUUCAGUGACAGAACAGAGGAGUCCUCUGCUGUACAGUAUUUCCAGUUUUAUGGCUACCUCUCUCAGCAACAGAACAUGAUGCAGGACUAUGUUCGGACAGGGACUUACCAGCGGGCUAUUCUUCAGAACCACACUGACUUUAAGGAUAAGGUGGUGCUGGAUGUGGGUUGUGGCUCGGGGAUUCUCUCUUUCUUUGCAGCCCAGGCUGGAGCCAGGAAGGUCUACGCUGUGGAGGCCAGCACCAUGGCGCAGCAUGCCGAGGUGCUGGUCAACAGCAACCGUCUAGGGGAGCGUGUGGUCGUCAUCCCAGGGAAGGUGGAGGAGGUGACGCUGCCCGAGCAGGUUGACAUUAUCAUCUCAGAGCCGAUGGGCUACAUGCUGUUCAACGAGCGCAUGCUGGAGAGCUACCUGCAUGCCAAGAAGUUCCUCAAACCCAGCGGUAAAAUGUUCCCCACUAUCGGCGACGUCCACUUGGCCCCCUUCACAGAUGAGCAGCUCUACAUGGAGCAGUUCACCAAGGCCAACUUCUGGUACCAGCCCUCCUUCCACGGUGUAGACCUCUCUGCCCUGCGGGGGGCAGCGGUGGACGAGUAUUUCCGCCAGCCAAUUGUGGACACAUUUGAUAUCCGUAUUCUGAUGGCCAAGUCGGUCAAAUACACAGUGAAUUUCCUGGAAGCCAAAGAAGAGGAUCUUUACAGGAUAGAGAUUCCCUUUAAGUUCCACAUGAUGCACUCGGGCCUGGUGCACGGCCUGGCUUUCUGGUUUGACGUGGCAUUUAUGGGAUCAGUGAUGACAGUAUGGCUGUCCACAGCACCCACAGAGCCUCUCACCCACUGGUACCAGGUGCGCUGUCUGCUGCAGUCUCCCCUCUUCACCAAGGCUGGGGACACGCUGUCCGGCACUGCACUGCUGGUGGCCAACAAGAGACAAAGCUACGACAUCAGUGUUGUUGCCCAGGUGGACCAGACAGGAUCAAAGUCCAGCAACCUCCUGGACUUGAAGAACCCCUUUUUCAGGUACACAGGCACCACCCCCAACCCUCCUCCUGGCUCACACUACACCUCCCCAUCCGAGAACAUGUGGAACACAGGGGCGGCCUACAGCAUGAGUCAGGGGAUGGCUGUAUCAGGGAUGCCAGCAGCUUAUGACCUCAGCACAGUCAUCGGCAGCGGCCCGUCAGUGUCUCACAACAACCUCAUCCCCUUGGUGAACACAGGGAUUGUAAACCACACCCACUCCAGGAUGGGCUCCAUCAUGAGCACAGGAAUUGUCCAGGGAGCCACUACGGGCCAGUCAGGCCCCAGCAGCAGCGGUACUUACUAUCCCGUCACCAACCAGUUCACCAUGGGGGGUGCUGCCAUCUCCAUGGCCUCACCGAUGGUCAUCCCCAGCAACACCAUGCAUUACGGCAGUUAAGACGAAGACCUUGCAAAGACCUAUUUGACCUCCCGUGCCCCCGCAUGACAAGAGAUCCCCGACCCCCCCCUCCCUGCCCUCCAGCCCUGACUGAUCCACCAACCGCAGCCAAAACCAGUAUACCAAAACCAGUGCUGUGCUGGCACUUCUUCUCUUCGUUCGUCACCUUCUUUCUACUCUGUUCAGUCCAUCACUAGAUGAACGGUCGAACGCUCUCGUAUCCGUCCAGACUCUUGUCUUGCUGAAAGCUGAAGCCUCCUUUCGCCCCCCCUCCCCUCGGAUUCAUUGAGACUGUACCACGUCUGAGAUGCACAGCAGCUGUCGCCCCACCUCCCUGGCUCCCCACCUCUCCUCCCUCAAACUGUAUCUCGGUCCCUCCGCUCGCCAACCUUUCUCCGUUUUUUUUUUUUUUUUGGUGUCAUGACCCUCAAAGUGUUUGUCCUUUCCUAUGAAUUGCCAGAAACCAGCAUCAGUCCGUUCCCACGAUUCUCCACACCUCCGCAGCAGAGCGACGCUGAAGCUUUUCAGUUGUACAGCAGGACACUAUUAUCAUCAUCAUCAUCAUCAUCAUCAUCAUCAUCAGUGCUCAUCCCCGGGCUGCCACCUUGGCUUUUCAUAUCAGAUCCAACCUUCAAGGCUCCUCCGCACUUCUCUCAAGAGACUGACUCACGCCAGACAAAACAGUUCCUUCACAUCACUAAAAAAACAAACAAAGAAAAACAUAUUUUCCCUGCGUUAUCUUCGUCAGUUUACUCAUGCAGGUUGGUUUUAGGAAGAGGCAGAUAUAUCACAAACUGAAACCAUCUACAUGACUUGGCACCCCAAGGAAAAUGUGCUUUUUUUUUUCCCACUUCCACGGACCUGUAAGUUCUACUCUUUAGCCAAUAAGUGGUUUCUGCUUGGACGCAUCGGUGUUGCUGUAUUCCUCUGAAGUUCACAUAAAGUUUUGGGAGAACAACGCGCCGGUCACCUUCCAUGUUGGGCAAAGAAAUAAAUAGGCACUAUGUCUCUGUUGUAGGUUCCAGUCCUGUUGGUUAAUGUCUCAGCAUACACUACAUUGACUGCCAGUGUCGAAGCUAGCUGCUCCUUCAUGCUAGCACGUUAGCGCACUUUACCGUAGUUAGAGCGUUGCGUAUAGGAGAAGUUAAUCUGUCGUUUUAAAGCUGCGUGAAUUUAUAUUCCUGACCACUUGUGGCCAGGAAAACCAUCUGUGAACCCAACAGUACAGUUACUAAAAAAAUUAAGCCGCGCUAUGUUCACAUGGUAGCUGCUAGCGUUGUCUGUUUUGUUUUGUGUUUUUUGCUAAGUGUGUAGUAUACCGUGGGUUUAUUAGAGUAAUUUUACUAGAACUGUUUUGAUGCCAGUGAACCAAAACAAGCACAUUCGUGGGCCAGUAAACCAGAACAGUGAGCUAAAGAUGCUAAAAAAGUUCCACGUCCUAGCAUCUUUUAGCAACAUCCAAAUUAGCUCAAGUUAUAAACAAGUUGCACAACCAGGGUGAAAGGCUGAAAUUUCUGCCCGGCCUCCAGUUUUAGCCCCGAGUUCAAACAUUGAAAUGAAUAAUAAUAAAAGAGAAUUUUAAUCCGACUUGAGUUUGAUGGCAAAUAAACAUGUUUCCUGUGACGCUGGACAGUUUAAAGCUGCUGCAGGUCCUAAAUCUCUUACUUUGUAGGCAGAGUUAAGGCCUCAGAAAUCUUCAAAGUCUGUUGCGCGAUACAUCGAAGGAUCCCGUUUGGAGGAAAGCGUUUGUAGCCGUUAAACUCCUUCCUGAUCUGCCUGCAAGAACUCUGGGUUUUUGUCGUCAGUUUUUUGUUGCACAACACUUAAAAAGCGUUUUACUCGUUGCACUUGUACUUAAAAGGUGAUUAGAAGUUUUGUUCGUAAAAAUUAAAGGGAGUUUUAGAGCGAAACCUUACACGUUUACACGACGUGCGCAUUUCUGUCGAGUCAAAGCAUUUGUCUGACUUUGUGAAAGUUACGCAAAUUGUCAGACUCGGCUGCUGUUCGACGAUCCGGAGGCCUUUAGGAAGAAACGGGCCGAACCGUUAGGAGACUCGUGGAUGAUUUAAACGAUGCUCUCAACAUGGAAGGUGACCAAAAGGACAGACUGGUAAAAACUUGAACACUUCAGUUAACGUGAAACAUGAAACGCACCUUCUGCUGCACCCCGGUUUCUUCCCCCCCUGCCCCGAUAGCCGUUUUUUUCUUUUGAAGCUGAGAGGACACUGCAGCAGCUCCUCUCCAUCCACUCAUUUGUUGAGCCAGAUUGCUCCGGCACAGUUGGAAGGAGGCAGAUUCGAAACCAGUAAGGACCAAUGACCCAGGAGGCAGCCAGCUGGUUGCCGGAAAGAGAAAAAGCUGUGCUGGAUUGGCAGCGUCCUAGUUUACAUCCUUCCCCUCUGCUUCUCCUCCCAAACCUCCUCUUGAGACUGUGAGACUGUCGCAAAGAGACUUCGAUGUCGAGGCGUGGGAGACGGGGGGAGGGGGCCUGUCCACCCUCCUCCCUCCUCGUCUGUUCACUAUGUAUGACCUCCAACAUAUCAUUGCCUCCCCCCACCCCCUCCAACACACCCCAACGCCCUCGUCCCUUUUUUAUCAGUCAAGGAAAGAAAGAAAGACUGACACAUUUAUGCAUUGCUUCCAGUGUCACAACUAUUGGAAUUUAUGAGUUAGCAAGUUGUAAGAGAGCUGAUGGAAAAAAAACAAAAAAAAAAAACAUGUCUCUUUGUAGGAUUAACCUUUUUUUGUUGUCUUUAUUUUUUUCUUUCACAAAAAAAAAACAAACAAUUAAAAAAAAAAGAGAGAGAGCAAAUUAAAUGUGGCAGAGUUGUUCCAAAAAAACCCAUCCUGGAAUCAAGUGUUGUAGUGCUUUUAAUUUGUUCCCUCUAGUUUGUUAAAUAGACUGUGGACACACCAGAUGUUUACCAUGUGGUAGCUAGCCUUUAGCACAUCAUGUCCCCCCCCUUUUUUUUUUGUUGUUGUCAUGGAAUCAUUGCUGUGUAGUCGAAUAGUGGCAUCCACUUUGAUCAUGGAAAAGUGUAUGAGGAAGACUGUGUGUCAUGUUCUGUCAUUUCUGUGUGUUUACCAACCAGUAAUAACACCUUUCUCACUCGUCUGACACUGAUUCUUCUGCUUCAGACACAGACAGACAGCGUCUCUGUCCUGAAGACUCCGGUGAGCCUUUUCUCGGCACCGAACUUAGGAGUUCUUGCAGCAGUUGCACAUCUUGACGGCGUCGGCCGAUUAGCGCUGCUCCGCUUUAGUUGCUGAUGUCAGAGCAAGCAGCUGUAAACCUUUAAUUACAGGACAAACCUUUAAAUAUACAGGAACAAGUGGACACAACCCCUAAAUAGAUGGUGAUUGAUGAUAUAAUAGUGAUAGAAUUAGAAGUGUAAUAAAGCCAUUUUUUUAAGGCUCGCAUUUAAGGUGCGCGCAAGAUUA